AUGAUUUUAUUAUUUAAACUACAACAAACAAAUGGUAAUGAUUGUGUAUGUGAAUGUUGUACAUCAGUAAAUUGUAAUCCUACAAGAGUUGGCUUUCGUCCUUUAUGGUAUUGUUCAGAAGCGACUACAUGUACACAAAGUUAUUGUAUUGAUUGGUAUCCUGACCGUUGUCCACGCCGAAAUGUAGCUGGUCAAACACGAGCAAUAUGUGUAUCUAAUGCUGAACGUAUACUACCGGCUUUAUUCAUUACAAUUGUAUUUGUUCCAAAUAGUAUUCGUCGACCAAUUCAAAAAACGGAUUAUCCACUUUGGAAUACUACAACAAUAACGACUCCUUAUCGACGACCAAUAACCAUAGCUCAAAUACGUUUAGAUUGGCUUGAAAAAAUGGGUCUAAUAAAAAGAACGUCAACAUCUACAACAUCAACAUAUUUUUUUAAACCACGAUUGUAA